AUGCGGAUCCCUGUCCGGGAGGUCCUCAUGCAGGAGGCUGGGGGCACCCGUCCUGGAGGCCCCAGGGCUGCCGCACCCGGCUCGGGGCCCGGCCUGUGCCGGGGUGAGAUCGAAUUUGGAGGGUCUGGGAAGAAGCGAGGUAAGUUCGUGAAGGUGCCCAGCGAUGUGGCCCCCUCCAAGCUCUUCGACCUCCUGCUGACCGAGUGGCACCUGCCUGCUCCCAACCUGGUGGUGUCCCUGGUGGGAGAGGAGCGGCCAUUUGCCAUGAAGUCCUGGCUGCGGGAUGUCCUGCGCAAAGGGCUGGUGAAGGCGGCUCAGAGCACGGGGGCCUGGAUCCUGACCAGUGCGCUCCGAGUGGGCCUCGCCCGGUACGUCGGACAGGCCGUGCGUGACCACUCGCUGGCCAGCACGUCCACCAGGGCCCGUGUGGUGGCCAUCGGCCUUGCCUCGCUGGGCCGCGUCCUGCACCGUCAGCUUCUGGAAGAUGCCCAGGAGCACAGCCCCGUCCACUACCCCACGGACAGCGGCAGCGGCCAGGGCCCCCUCUACUCCCUGGACAACAACCAGGCCCACUUCAUCCUGGUGGAGCCUGGGCCCCCCGGGAAGGGGGACGGGCUGACGGAGCUGAGGCUGAGGCUGGAGAAGCACAUCUCGGAGCAGAGAACUGGCUACGGGGGCACUGGCAGCAUCGAGAUCCCUGUCCUCUGUCUGCUGGUCAAUGGUGACCCCAGCACCCUGGAGAGGAUUUCCAGGGCCGUGGAACAUGCUGCCCCGUGGCUGAUCCUGGCGGGCUCAGGGGGCAUCGCGGACGUGUUGGCCGCCCUGCUGAACCAGCCCGACCUCCUGGUGCCCCAGGUAGCCGAGAAGCAGUUUAAAGAGAAGUUUCCGGGCGAACAUUUCUGCUGGGAGGACAUCGUACACUGGACGGAGCUGCUGCAGAACAUCAUCUCCCACCCGCAACUGCUCACCGUGCACGACUUCGAGCAGGAGAGCUCCGAGGAGCUGGACACCGUCAUCCUGAAGGUGCUGGUGAAAGCCUGCAAGAGCCACAGCCAGGAAGCACAGGACUACCUGGAUGAGCUCAAGCUGGCCGUGGCCUGGGACCGCGUGGACAUCGCCAGGAGCGAGAUCUUCAACGGGGAUGUGGAGUGGAAGUCCUGUGACCUGGAGGAGGUGAUGAUGGACGCGCUGGUGAGUGACAAGCCCGAGUUUGUGCGACUCUUUGUGGACAACGGCGCCGACAUGGGGGACUUCCUGACGUACGGGCGGCUACAGCAGCUCUACCGUUCCACACCCCCCAAGAGCCUGCUCUUCGACCUGCUGCAGCGCAAGCACGAGGAGGGCCCGCUGACACUGGCUGGCCUGGGCGCCCAGCAAGCCCGUGAGCCGCCCGUGGGCCUGCCUGCCUUCUCCCUGCAGGAGGUCUCCCGCCUGCUCAAGGACUUCCUGCACGACGCCUGUCGCGGGCUCUACCAGGAGGUGAGCGGGCUGGCGGCCAGGAGGGGCUGGGCUGGGCAGCCAGGCGGCUGAAAUGGCCCUGUCCUCCAGGAACGGGGGUCGGCCAGGCGGCCCGAGGGCCGGAAGUGGCUGCUGGAUCUGAACCGAAAGAGCGAGAACCCCUGGCGGGACCUGUUCCUCUGGGCCGUGCUGCAAAACCACCACGACAUGGCCACCUACUUCUGGGCCAUGGGCCAGGAGGGGGUGGCCGCCGCUCUGGCUGCCUGCAAGAUCCUCAGAGAGAUGUCGCGCCUGGAGACCGGGGCGGGGGUGCACUGCACCAUGAGCGAGGCCAAGUACGAGCAGCUGGCCCUGGAUCUCUUCUCCGAGUGCUACAGCAACAGCGAGGACCGUGCGUUCGCCCUGCUGGUGCGUAGGAACCGCUGCUGGAGCAGGACCACCUGUCUGCAUCUGGCCACGGAGGCCGACACCAAGUCCUUCUUUGCCCACGAUGGGGUGCAGGCCUUCCUGACCAAGAUCUGGUGGGGGGACAUGGCAUCGGGCACGCCCAUCCUGCGGCUGCUCUGUGCCUUCCUCUGCCCGGCCCUCAUCUACACCAACCUCAUCACCUUCAGCGAGGAGGCCCCGCUGAGGACGGGCCCCAAGGGCCUGCAGGAGCUGGACAGCCUGGACACGGAGAAGAGACUGCUCUGCAGCCCCGGCAGCGGGCCGGAGGAGUUGGCUGAGGCACCAAGGGCUGAGGGCGACCGAGGGCCGCGUGCUGCCUUCCUGCUCACGCGCUGGCGCAUGUUCUGGGGCGCGCCCGUGACCGUGUUCCUGGGGAACGUGGUCAUGUACUUUGCCUUCCUCUUCCUGUUCACCUACGUCCUGCUGGUGGACUUCAGGCCACCUCCUCAGGGGCCGUCUGGGCCCGAGGUCACCCUCUACUUCUGGGUCUUUACACUAGUGCUGGAAGAGAUCCGGCAGGGAUUCUUCACAGACGAGGACACACAUCUGGUGAAGAAGUUCACACUCUACGUGGAAGAUAACUGGAACAAGUGUGACAUGGUGGCCAUCUUCCUGUUCAUUGUCGGCGUCACCUGCAGGAUGGUGCCCUCCAUGUUUGAGGCGGGCCGCACAGUCCUUGCCAUUGACUUCAUGGUGUUCACACUCCGACUCAUCCACAUCUUCGCCAUCCACAAGCAGCUGGGCCCCAAGAUCAUCAUCGUGGAGCGCAUGAUGAAGGACGUCUUUUUCUUCCUCUUCUUCCUGAGUGUGUGGCUUGUGGCCUACGGCGUGACCACGCAGGCGCUGCUGCACCCCCAUGACAGGCGCCUGGAGUGGGUCUUCCGCCGUGUGCUCUACCGGCCCUACCUGCAGAUCUUCGGGCAAAUCCCACUGGACGAGAUCGAUGAAGCCCGCGUGAACUGCUCCCUGCACCCCCUGCUGCAGGAGGACUCCCCCUCCUGCCCGAACUUCUAUGCCAACUGGCUUGUCAUCCUCCUGCUAGUCACCUUCCUGCUGGUCACCAACGUGCUACUCAUGAACCUACUGAUCGCCAUGUUCAGCUACACGUUCCAGGUGGUGCAGGGCAACGCCGACAUGUUCUGGAAGUUCCAGCGCUAUCACCUCAUCGUGGAGUACCACGAGCGCCCCGCCCUGGCACCACCCUUCAUCGUCCUCAGCCACCUGAGCCUGGUGCUCAAGAGGUUCUUCCAGAAGGGGGCCGAGCAGAAGCGGGAGCACCUGGAGAGAGACUUGCCGGAGCCCCUGGACCAGCAGAUGGUCACCUGGGAGGCAGUUCAGAAAGAGAACUACCUGAGCAAGCUGGAGAAGCAGAGGAAGGACAGCAAGGAGGAGGUGCUGCGGAAAACCGCCCACAGGGUGGAGUCCGUAGCCCAGUACCUCGGGGGACUGAGAGAACAAGAGAAGCGCAUCAAGCGUUUGGAGUCACAGAUCGACUACUGCGCGGCGCUCCUGCUGUCCUCCGCGGCCCUGCCGUCCUCCGCGGCCCCGCUGUCCCCUGGGCCUCGGAGCAGCGCCUGCUGCAGUAAGUGUGCAUCCGGGAAAGACACAGCUGAGGAAGGGGCACAGGCUGGCCUGGGGACAGGCGGAGGACUGUCGCGCUGGGCCCUGUCAUCUGCCUUCCCGUCCUGGGAGGACUGGCCCAGCCCUCGAUGGCCCGUGGCUGGCGACGUCUUCGGGGUGGGGCAGGUGCCCUCUGCUGGAGCCCCCCACCUCAGCCGGCACGAGGGCGUGGCCACUCGGACUCUGGAGGCUCUGCCUGGUGGCAGCCCUCCCACCUCCUCCCAGCUGGGGCCACCGUGCCCCGUGCUAGUAGGGGAUGCAGACAGCAGCGAGCACCCAGAGGCUGGCCGGUGGCUCUCAGACGCCUGA